AUGUUUCUUCCAGAUCCAGUCCCGGAGGAUUUGCUCUUGCCAUUUGGCGAGUUUGCGGACAAGUACGAUAUUGGUGCUUCACUGAACCUCAUGUACGAAUUGGACCCUGCCGUUGGAGACUUCACGACGGUGCCCACUGUAGAGCGCAUGAGAACUAUGGGUCUCAGUCUGGUUCAGCAAACAGCAACCGGCUUUCUUACAACGGCGCACCACAACAACAGUGAGAUCUACUCGAAGAUUCAAGCAGAACUGCUCUCCGCCUCGAGUCUCUUAUUAAGCUCUGAAGUGGUCUUGACGCAACGACGACAUGGCGCGGGAGGCGUCCUGCUGGCCGUGAACACACCCAAAGGCUACAAGCUGGUUCAUGCAAAGAAGUUGCUGAUAACCAUCCCACCUAAGCCAAAGCUGCUAGAAAGCUUUGAUUUGAGCGCGGAGGAAAGGGCAAUUUUCUCCAAGUUUAUCGACGUUGGCUACUAUACCAGUAUUGUCAACAACACUGGUCUCCCAGAUGAUUUGGGCAUCUUCAACUACAACCUAGAUACUCCCUACAACUUCCCUAUUCUCCCAGCAUUGUAUAAUGUCCAGACCACACCGGUCCCAGGCUUGCACCUCGCUAUCUACGGCACCCCUCGAAGCAACAAAAGCUUCCCUCUGUCCGACGACGAAGUGAAAUCAGAAAUUAUCAAUGGCAUCAAAACUCUGCAGAAAUCGAAUCCAGACAAGUUCAACCAGACGGAACCCGAGUUUGUGAUGUACAGCUCUCACACGCCGUUCUACCUCCAGGUGAGCCCCGACGAUAUCAAGGAUGGGUUCUAUGAUAGACUGUAUGCGCUGCAAGGCUUGAGAAAUACGUAUUGGACAGGGGCUACUUUCCGAAGCCAGGACAGUAGUGAUAUCUGGAGGUACUCGGAGGAAGAGGUACUGCCAGGAUUGCUUCAGAGUUUGUAG